AUGAAACCCUUGUCGGCCGCGUUGGCCACAGCUAAGUUUGUCUCCUGUGUAGACAUGUUCAAGAACCUUGGAGUUCCAAAUACCAACAUGCUCAAGAAGGGGGCUGUCUUUACUGUCGUAGAUCCAACGAUUCGAAGAACUGUUCUUGUGGCUCAGGGCACGCCCCCAGCAGCAAACAAGUAUACUAUCCCGGCGACUCUCAACCCCAAAUCGUAUUGUCAGACACACAGAUAUGUAUUUGUUCAGCUAGCCUCAAGUAUAGGUGGGGAGGGGGAAAUGGGCAUUUAUCAAAUCGCAUUUCUUUGUCACAGUAGCAGCGGUACAUCAGUCAGGGUUGUGUUCACGAACAUCUCGUGCCUCGAGCCCAAAGUAACGAGCACGUCUAUUGUCAUUCCGUUAGAGCUAAACCGUUGGACCACCCUUGCCGUGGACAUGGACCAAGUUUUCCGCAAUGCGUACAGAAAUGCUAUCUCAUACAAGGGGGUUCUUCAGUUUGAAGCCAUGUCGUCCACCGUCAUCAAGGGCGUCUAUUUUUGCACCAAGCCUUUUACCCCCUAUGACGUACCAGAAGUGAUGCUGCUUCCUCUUCCACUUGAGUUAGCAUCAGGGAAUUACAAGUCUCGUUUCCAAUCUGAUAUUCCUCCCCUGUUGCAAUUUUAUGAUUGGAUUGCUGUCGGCUUUGACAAUGUAAAAGCAAACGAUUUUCAAGCAAGCAAUAACAUUUACAAGAGCAACCUUUCCGGGCUGUGGCCAAAGCUUUGUACGCACGUUGAUUUCUUCGAUCCGUCCAGAAAUGUUGCCAAGCAUCCCACCGGGAUAUCUGGGGAGGUGGUUGCUAGGGUAGAAAUCGAAACAAUGGGUCCACUACCCACUAAGCUACGUCCAUCUUCUCGUAGGAACCGCGGGAGUACCUCCGCACAGCGAGGCACUGUAUCCCUUCAGGAUGCCGAAACCAUUGAUGCACGCAUUAAGAGAACAAGGGGCGUUCAGAGUGCGAAGUACAAUACCAAAUCAAGCACGACAACGCUAGUGACUGCCCAAGUGCCAGGCAACGUUUCUCGCCGGCUAUCUGCACCUGUAUCAGCAACUAUCUCGUCAGAGAGUGAGAAUGUGAUGACAGUGCCAGUGCGCACAGCAAAUAUAUCAGAGAAACGGAGUAAGAGAGAACUGGGGGCUGACCCUGUUACACAGAGACCUAAGUCAUAUGUCCAACCUACUAAUCCUUUAACCGAUGAGCCAGAUAUGUUCCUCCAGAAGGCGGAUAUUGAGAUUCUUAACCAGGACGUUCCUGAGCUAAAUGCUAGCACGCCAGAAAGCGGUGCAAUCUUAUCUAUUUCAGACUCUCGACUCAGAAGUGACGGAUGCUGCUCCGUGGAGACGCCCCUAACCGCAGCCAUUUGUGCCCCAACAAUUGCAAUUACCCAGCCAGUCGCAGUGAAAAGUAAGGUCGAUCUGCCAGUUCUCAACCCCUCUGAUACCACGCAGACAUUGACAAUAAACCAGCUCCUGGUGGACACUGGAGAAAGAGUUGACCAGGGGCUGCAAGAUGGAUUUGCAAAAUUCAAUGAAGGCAUGACAGGUGUCAAGAUACUAAUAGACAAAAUCUAUUCACGGCAAAAGCAGAUGCUUCGGCAUAUCAAUACAGCAAAUAUGAGUAGCUUCCUUUUAAUCAAUAAGGUACCGAUGCGCUAUCUUACACACAUGUCUGCGCUUGAGCCUCAAAUUACCAUAGGGUUUCAAUCAACGACUAGAUUUAUAUAUUCAUUUCCCCACAAAUCCCUGCUCUCUGAUCCCCUAUCGUGUCACAAUGUGGCACGGGGGCUUCUGGAUGAUGCUACCGAUGAGCAGUGUGAGGAGGCUGCGUGCCGGGUCCUCAAUGCCACGUUUAACAUGCGCCUUUUUGAUUUGAUGGAGAGAGCAUGUUAUCAACCUCCAGUCUGUGAUAGUCCUGAUGGUGUAUCUUUCGCUAGGUCAAAAAAGGCUUCUAGACCAUCCUCUACAAAGUCUCCGGCUAAGUCAGCACCCACUGAGGCCGCUACUGUGCCUGUCCUGGAGCAAGCCAAUCAACUUGUUAAUGAGAUAUGCCGCCGAACCCUGGCUGCACAAGGGCUCACACCCACGAAGGUGUUUCCCCAGAGGCAAGUUAUCCAGGAUAUUAACCGUGCCUCCAUGAUUGGGCAGUCAAAGAGGCGCCUCUACGAUGAGAGUGCUGCCAAGAUGGAACAACAGUAUUCCAGGAAAAAGGUACGUGUGGCCGAACCUCUAACGUUAGCGUUGCAUCCGUCAUCUGGCAUCCAACCUGUGUACACAGGCUAUCCUCUUGUUCUGUGCUUCCUGAGUGCCAAUUAUGUAGUUGCACUUCUAUCCUUUUAUGAAUAUAUAGUAUCACAUGAUGGUAGCUAUGCGGUGUCCCCGCUCAGGGCGCAAUUCUCACUGAGCCAUGACUACUGCAUCCUCUGUCUCACGUCUAUGCUUUUGCAGGAUAAGCACAAGGAGCACACACUUGCACUUCUCCAGAUAGAUGACGACUCUCUUUCGAAUACCUGUACAGAGUCCACCGAUCCUGACCACGGUACUCCGUCCACAGAAUGCCUCCACCAGAUAGGAUAUAAGAGCAUUCAUCAGCAAGUCGGGCUCUACAAGCCCAAGAACUCAACUGAACCAUUUACCUAUGCACGGUAUAAGCAGUAUAACGGGGAUCUGAGCAAUCAGACUUCACUAGGUCAAGCAGAGAUCCAGGAUAUUAUUGAUACCUUGAGCUCUAGUCAGACUGCCGGAGAGAUGAGUGACAAGCAGAGACAUGAGUCCACAAAAGUUCUUCUCAUUGCCUCUGCAAAGUAUUCGCCUUUCGUAGCUGUGUUCUUCGGUACGUACUUGGCACUCUUCGAAGUUAUGCCCCUUAGUCUUUGCGCACGGCUCAAAGGGCUAUUAUUCUAUAACAGCAACUCCGCCUUUCCACACAUUAUCCAGGCCGCGUCCUUUAGCGACGACUCAACCAAGCUGGUCAUCGCUGGGUGCAACAGUUCACUGACUUCGGUAGUAACGGCCGUUAUAGAUCUAACUGAUGCCAUUGACCUAUCCAACGAAUUUAUACUUCUAUCCGGCAUGGCAGUAGGUGAUCAAUUACAAGCUUCGCCGACCCUUGAACCAGUCAUCCAGGUCCUGUUCCAUCCAGGGUCAAACGACCAGUUCGUGACCCUGUCUGCCACACAAUUCAGGGGAUGGAGGAUUAAAUAUAUUCAUGGAGCAGGGUAUAUUAAGUCUGUUGCAGUGGAUAUAUGUAACAAGGAGGUACAAUCUAACCUAACCCACAAUAUCAAGAAGUAUGUGUUGGGAUACAUCUCUGAGAAUAUCAUGCAGCCUGAGAAGGCAAACAAGCGCUUUCUGUCUGUGCUUUUCAGGCUUAUCAAGCGUUUUUCCAGGCUUCUGUUCACUGACAUAUGCUUUAGCGGACCAAAUCGGGUUCAAAUAGCAACUGCAUGUGGCGUGAUACUUAUCUUUAACUUUACUGAGAUACUUCGGGACUCAAGCAAGAUUAUGCUUUUGCUUCCUAGUAACACACCAGACUACCGUCCUCUGGCUGCAUGCGCCCUCUCAGUUAACCGGGUGCCGGAGCCACUGUUGGACUCCUCCAUAAACAACUAUAUUAUCUUCAGCAGCACCGAUGGAAUCGUUCGAAGCUGGACGAAUAACUUUGAAACGUUGAUUAUGCAAUCUCGCUUUAAAGCCCCAGUUGUCUAUCUUCGCGAGGUCAUACUUUCUGGGACAAGCCGCAUGGAAGUAAUCUCUCCGCCAGUGUAUCAAUCGGAUUAUGCUUCGAAGCAACCAAACGGUCCCCUGGGAAUAAUUGGGGACAGUAAGUUGGGUGGAUUUUCCGGCAUUAGCAAAUCGUCCUUUUAUGAUGAUGAUGCCAUAAAGCACACUGUUGUCUAUAGCACUAUACCUCCAAAUAUUUCCAAUCUUUCGUCUACCAGACCACGAGCCACUGAUUUGUCUAGACUAGCUCCGCCAGUAUAUAAUACAUCUCCUCAGGAACCCCAGAACAUCGAUGCCCAUCUUGCAAACAACAUGUAUUAUAUAAAAAGAGGCCCAUUUAUGUUACGGCAAGGGUCCUCUCUUAUUCCAGAUCAGCAAUCAGACCAAUCGACCAUGGAUCAGACAGCGACCAUGGUGGCCCAGGACCUCAUUGGACAAUUGAGCUACAUAAACAUGCUAGGCCAAAGAAGUAGGAUGCGGCAAAGCAUCACUCAUGGAGAAAGCACUGGGUCUCAAUAUCCCUCUGUGUCUAUUGAUACCAUUUUCUUUGACAGUGCCAGUGAUACAAGUGACACUGGAUCUAAGCAGCAUGAAGUGGUCAACAAUGGAUUCCGACCCAUUAACAAUGCCACGCAGAAAGACCCUGUUCUGAGCACUCUGCGAAUGCACCACAACCACGGUGGCAGCUGCGCGGACUCAAAGACCCUAACUUCUCGCGAGACAGCAGAUUCACUCAAUAGGCAAUUUAGGAACCUAUUAACAACACAUCUAAAAGGCAGCACCCAGCGCUUGGUAUUUAAUAAUAUAGGACUAUCGUUACCUAGCGUGCCUACUCCAAGCAUGAAAAUGUUGCAGACUUUACAGGCUCCAACGUCCUCUGGAACAUUUAUGAGUGUCUGCCUCAACGGAGAUGUGGGUCUAUUAUCUGUUGGGGACAGCAAAGGGCCAGUUUACAACACAGUUCUCUGCACACAGUAUAAGAACGUCAUAGACGCCAGGAUUGAUCCAAAACACAACGAGGGAGUCGCUCUCACAAACAAUGUGAUCAACAUUUUCAACUUAACCACGGGGCUGAGGUCAGUAUACUUCAAAGUGGCAGAUUCGGAGCCAGAUACCAGCAUGCUGAUCAGCACAUACAGCCCCCCUCUGGGAAAGUGCUGCUAUCAUCCAACUUCCUAUGUGAUAGCAGUCAUGACAAAUACCCUGAACUGCCUGCUCCUUGAUGUUUCUAACCAGACAGUCAUCUAUAAUUGUAACCUCCGCAGCUUCCUGCGAGAAGCUUCAAAAUUAGCCGCAGAGCGUUCUGCCAACGCAGAGCUAGAGAUGAUAGCAGUCAAUACAACCUACAUGCAGUCCAUGCACGUUGAUGCCUCUAUUUAUGAGCAGGAGCUGAGCACGCAAGGAGAGUCUGAGCGGGAGGAGCUCGACUCGUGGAUUGGCGAGACGAGUGAGACAAUUACUUUUGACAACGAUAUCAUAUCUACGUCUAGAGGCGGGCAUACAGAGAGCGCUGCCUCUGGGUCACAUGCUGCAGUCAAUAAUCGAUCUAAGUCCAUGCGGUCUGCUUCUGCACGCCAAGCAACUGCCCAGCAGGCUUACUCGGACAUAUUAUCCAGGCAACCCCAGUCUGUCAAAGUGACUACGGGGUCAAAAAAGCAAGUCGAGGCGGCACUCUAUUACAUCGCAGAAAGCUACACGAAGAUGCUUGUUACCGGUGAGUUAGCAAGGCCUUUGGAGACUAACCACAAUAUAAUCUUUACUCCCUCCGGUUCUCACCUGCUCUUGUACAUAGAUAACUACCUAUUUUCUAUAUGCACAAACGGCUACGCAGAGCUACGGUUGGUGUACAUAAGUAACUUUCCAAUCAAGCAGGUGGUAGUAGGUGUUAGCGGAGGGUCGUCUAGAAGAUCUAGAGAAGUGUUGGCAAUGAUUAACUUGCGAAACGAGGUGUCGAUCUUCUCAGUUGAAGGUCUGCUCCUCAAUUCCAAGCCAAAAAUGCUAAGAAUAACUCGGUAUCCACAAUUAGCACAUGCCUAUGCAUUUCAAAACAUGGGCAUUCCGUCUGACCGCUAUCGAUUCGAUGACCUGGUACCUUUAAUCAAAACACCUGUUCUGAUAACCAUUAAUGCCAUUACAGAGUCGCUUAUUGUCCUUGUGGUAGACAGCAUCGAAGUCCAAGAGCCUAGCAACAUUACUGCUGAUGAGAAAGUUAUCAGGGACGCAAACCGAGCAGGAUAUAGCAUAGCUAAGGGGCAAAGUAGGAAUUAUGUGGCUGUGUACUCCAUCCAGUCAUAUAGCUUCUCGACUGGCGAAAUGGAGUACGAGAUUCCCGUGCACAUAGAGUCUGGCAACAUCGGGGAGUACAUCCCUAUUUUCAUAGCAAGCUCUCAAUUGUCAGGGGCUAUCGCCCUCUUCUUCCGAGGCUCCAAUCGAACCAAGAUGAUCUCUAUCCCCUUAAGUAUAGUAGCAGAGGUAGAGAUGGAGUUCAGUAAGAUUCUUAAUAAGCUCACACUGGGAGAGCAGGUGCAGGUUGAUGCAUACACAGAUAUGUCGCGUAUUCGAUGUAGCAUACUAGAGUAUCCGAUUUAUACGGUGGACCACGACUCCAGGUUAGAUCGUUUUCUUGUAACAGGACGAGGUAUGCAAUCUGUAACUGUCUAUACAUGGAACACAGGGGAGUAUGUGGAGUUCAGCUCCCUUUCGCAAUGCAUCGAACACGAAGAGGGAUACGACGAAAUGGUUAAGAGCUACUUGAUAGACCAGCAGGUCAAGAGGGGCAUGUCCUUUAAUGACCAAAGGUCUAGUGUUGCACAGAGUGCAGCAUACACAGACAAAGAAGCAGUUAUCUUGACAAUUAAUACAUAA